GUUGAGAAGUACGACUGCUGUUAGGCUUUUUUUUUAUAAUUAGAUCGUCAUUUAAAAAGAAAUCAAAAUGCACGAUAUAGGCAAAAAAUAACUAGCAAGUCUACUUUUACAAGUCAAAAAAAUUUCCUUACAAAUUCCUGUAAGUUAUUUUUUGUUGAAAUUAUAUUCAUUGCUGUUUUAUUUGCUCUUAGCAAAUCUAAACAAGGUUGGUUUUCAACAAAAGGUUGAUUAUGAUUAUGGAAAUGAUAUUUUGGAAGAAAAUGAAGAUUUUUUUAUAGUAGCUGGAACUGAUUUUGAAAAUGAUUCAUAUGUUUCGAUAGGAAAUAGUGUUGUUGAUUAUGAUGAUGAGUCAAACGAUGGAAUGAGUCUUUCAGCAGAUGAAAACAACUCUCCUGAACCUAAUUUUAAUACGAACAAUAUUUCAAUUGAUCAUGAAAAUAUUCAUCAACACAAUUUUCUUUCUGAGUUAGUUCAAUUUAUUCAUGCUGGAAAUUUAAACAAAUCGACUACCACAUCGUUAUUGUCCCUAUUAAGAUCAGCACAUUUUUCAACAAUUGAGGAAAUUCCUAAAACAACAAAUGCUUUAUGGAAAAAACUUAGUAUAAAAUUUUGUUUUGAUACAUUUUAUUUCUGUUCCACAUGCUUUACGAAUUUGAACAAAUAUCAAGAUCUUUGUCCACAUUGUAAUUUAAAACGAACAGCAAAUUCUGAACUAUGUAUUUUUUCACUUGGUGAAGAGAUAAAAAGAGUCGUGCAGUCAAACAUAGAUGUGAUCGAAUGGUAUAGUUUACCUGAACGUCAAAUUGUUGCUGAUCUAAUACUGUCGUUUUUGGCAGAAAUACCUCCACCACUUCGUGAAAAUGUAAACAACAUACUCCUUCUCGGCCUAUGGCAUUCACCAGUAACACCGCCAUGUGCUUUACUUUUAAAUAAAAUUGUGGAUAACAUCAAACUUUUAAUUGCUACUGGAAUUAAUGUUGUUAUAAAAGAUGAAAUAAUUCAUUUUUCAUUAAAUGUUCAAUUGUUCAAUGGUGAUUUACCAGCACGAGCUAAAGUCAAUCGAAUGGUGAAUCACAACGGAUUUUACGCUUGUUCGAGAUGUCUUUUUGAAGGAGAACGAUGCCUGUACCCUUGUGGUAAUCAUACAAUUUAUAAAUGGGAAGAUUUUGUUCGUACAGCACCACGUCAACGUACUCAAGAACACAUCAAUACUGAAGUUAUGUCAAAUCGUACUACUACUUGCAUUACACCUAGUCGAAUAAGAAAAGUUCCACGUGGUGCUACAAAUAUUCAAACAUUUGAUGAUGAUUUGGAUUGUUAUGAAUACGACGAAUGUGAUGUUGAUGAAAACUUUCCAAUAGUACGAGAAGUUCCCAUUUACAAUCAUCAACAUCGUCAAUCAUCUAGUCAACAUCCGACUCAUAGGAGAAAAGAUGGUAUCUACUAUACACCACAAACAAAACGUAAACGAGUGGAAGAACGAGUAUCAAGUUCUUCUACAUAUUCAAACAAAGACCAAAUCGAUAUUCUUCAACUUAUGCUCAAAGAAGUUAAUCAAAAGAUGGAUCUGAUGCACAAAAAAGAAGAUGAUAUUGACAAGAAACUUGACAGUAUCGAUAAGCGUCUUGUUGGUUUAGCUCGUAAAGUAAACAAGUGUCCAAAACCGUGUGAACCACCUAAUGUACUUCCAGUUAUUAAAUAUAAUGGUCGAAAUUUAUUAUCUGGUACAAUACCUCCGACUCCAGCUGGUCUGAUGAAAGACCUCAUCAAUGAACUAUUCACCAAAGAAGAAAUUAUUGAUGAUAAACAUGAACAGAUCAACGAACGAACAGAAAAAAUAAAAGCUGCAAUUCAAGCUUGGUUUUUUUACGAUGAUGAUGAUAAUAUUACUAGCUUUUGGGAUUUUGAAGGAAAAAUCAUUAGAGGUAAUCAACGACGUGGACAUAUUUUUCGACAAAAGCAUGCAUUAGCUGAUCAAGAAUAA